AUGCCCGGUGGUGCGCUCAAGCUGGUCGGGCUGAUCAUCGGCCCUCGCGGCAACACGCAGAAGCGGAUGCAGGAGGAGACCAACUGCACCAUCGCCGUGCGCGGCAAGGGCACCCGCCGGCUGGGCGACCAGGUGCGCGACGAGUCGGACAACGACCCGCCGCACGUGCUGAUCCGCGGGCCGACCAAAGAGCGGCUCGAGCAGGCGCGGCGCCUCAUCGAGACGCUGCUCGACUUUACGUCCGAGGAGGGGGAGCGGAUGAGGAACGAGGCGAACCACGAGUUGCACGUGCUCAACGGCACGGUGCGGGAGGACAAGCCG